AUGUCUCGACAUGUUCGUGCAGCAAAAACAUCUGCUACAUCAUCAGUUUCUCCAUCGAAAUCAAAGCAAAAAUCUGAUUCGAUUCGAAAAGUUAGUCGUAAUGUUGUAAAAAAGAAUACUUCAGUAAAAAAAUCUUCACCAACAAAACUUUAUCGCGAACCAACAUCAUCAUCAUCAACAUUGAUACAACCACGACAGAAACGUCUUUCUAGUUUAACAGCAACGGCACUAGUUCAAUAUUGUAAUAGUAUUCUUUCACCGUCGAGAAAAUUGAAUCGUUCAAUAAAAUCAACUCCUGUUCUUUCAAAUAAUUCGCAAACUCAACAAGUAUCGAAAAAUACUAAAACUCUUUCUCGAAAACGUCAAAUAUCUAAUGAUUCAGCAAAAUCUGAUAAAAAACUUGCACAAACAGAAUCUCAGAUACCUGCGCGUACUCGUCGUGAAGCAAGUUCACGUGCAUCUGCUAUGAUUAUGCAACAAAAUGAAAUUGAACGCAGUCGUUAUAAUUAUUCUCUCAAUAACAAACAUUCAGCAUCGACCAUUCGUCGACAACCUUCAACAAAAACUAUAAUUACCAUUAAAGAUAAUAUUCCAUCAGUUCCGGCUUCUGCACCAUCGAUAGUUAGUAUUCCAAUUGAAAUUGUACAUACUCCGUCAACAAAUAUUGAAUCAAACAAUUCCCCACUUAUCUCAGUAUCAGCUAUUGCAAAAUAUCCAUUAUUGACUGAAGCUACACUAGCCGAACAUAAUCGUGUACAUGAAACUGUACCCUUAUAUCAUGCAACCAAACGUGAUAGUCUUAUUAAAUGGACACAAGAAUUAGAUUCAUACGAUCGAUUAUCACCACCUUAUCUCGAAUGUGAAAUUUCAUCUGAGACGAAUAAAUAUAAUUUAUUGAAUAAAAAAUCUACAGCAUCGUUAAUAAAUGAUUCAAAAGCAAUCGAUUCUAUGAAUUCUCAUGCAUCAUCAUAUUUAUCAGGAAGAAAUCAUAUUAAUUCUCCGACGUUUCUUUUUCCGUCGACUACAUAUCCGUUCGAUUUACAUUCGUAUUAUUCGGUUUUACCUUGUUGGCAAUAUUCGACUUGGCCAUUUCAAUCGUCAUUAUCAGCGCAUCAGAAAACGUCACUUGUCAAUCUGGAAAGUAAACCAAAAAAACUAGCAAUCCUGAAUUCAAAAGAAAAAUCCACUGCUUCAAAUCAUAUGCAAACAAAAGAAGAAGCAUUAACGUUUCAUUUGCAUACACAUCAUCAUCAUCAUAUACACAAUUCAAGUUCAUCAUCAGCAAUAAUACCGUUAUCAUCAGAAAAAUCUUCUAGUGUAAUUAAUAAGGACCAAGAUUUAGAAGUGGAGACUAUUUUAAAGUCAAAGAAUGACAAUCUUAUUAAAAGUCAAUCUAAACCUCGUUCAUCAACGAUUGAAAACGAUGUGUUAAAUCUUUCGAUUAAUAAUAAAUUACAAUCCAAUGAAAUAAUUAUAAAAACGACGCGAAGAAAAUCAUCGCCAACCAAACGACGUGUGAAUAGUGGAGUAAAAUCUAAUAGUUCACCUACUGCACUCAUCCGUGAACAAGUUCCAUAUACUAAUAAUUCCAUGGCAAUAUCUCCACGAAAAACAAUCGAUAGUAAUGAAUCGCGAACUAUUUUACCAGUACUGAGUGAUCAAAAUUUAAAUGCUAAUGUGUCUAUUGAUAAUAAAACGUCUCCAGAAUGCGUUGCUAAACGUCGAAGUGUUUCAGCAGCUACAACAAAUUCAAUCAGAGCUAUUUCUUUAACCGAUAAAAAUAUACGUGAAAAACGUACACAUUCAGCGUCAAACAUUUCAGCUCGAUCAAAAUCAUCGGCCAAUAGAAAACGAUCCUAUUCACCAUCUUCAAUUGCUUUAGCAUUACCAAAUAAAAAUGUUAAUCAAAGAAAAAAACAGAAAAUAUCACACUAUUGGAUUUUAUUUGGAAAAUCCGAACAGAAGCUUGUUUCAAUUCAUGCUGAUAAACCGCCAGUAUUUCGAGAAUGUUAUUCAUCGAUUCGACAUAUCAUAGAAAAAGAUGUAAUCAAUUCUAAUGAUUGUAUUAUAUUACGUCCUGAAACUGGCGCGAAUAGCAGUUCGACACCAUAUUCAGCUAAAGUUAAAUGGUUUUGGAAAGAACCAACAACAGAUGAAAUUCAAAUGUCACUGAUUUGGUAUUAUCAUCCUGAACAUACGGAACUAUCAGCACGUGCUAAAGAACGUUUUUUACCAAAUGAAUUGUUAGCUUCAAGAUAUUCCGAUUGUGUCAAUGCUGCAUGCAUUGAAGAUAAAUGUUAUGUACUCAAUUUAAAUGAAUAUAAUCGUUAUUGUCUUCGUGAGAAAUCAUCAAAUUUCUUUGAACAUGCGGAGCCAGUCGGACAAUUAAAGUCACUGUUGAAUAAGAAUACUUCGAGUGUUCAUCAUCGAUCCUUACCAGCAAAAACUGUUGGUAAUCAAAAUAUAUUUUUUUGUCGUUAUGUAUAUGAUUAUCGAGCUAAUCGAAUAUUAAAAAAUCCAAAUUUGAAUUCUUAUCCAAUAACAAUAACAACGUCUUCAACUACAACAUCAAGCAUGUGA